GUGUGGAAGAUGUCGUAACAAGCGGUCGCUGGGGCCUGUGGCGGAGAUUGCGACCGGGCUCGGCUCCCGCGCUUGUAUGCCCCGUCCCGCGGCGGCCGCCCACCCCUCCUGCUCCAUGUGGGGCCCGGACCCGGCUGUCGGCCUCUCCGUCUCCUAUUCCUACUCCUUCUUCUACUAUGUCCCGGAAAACAGUUAGCAGGAAGCGGAAAGCGGCAGCUGCAGCUGCCGCAGGUCCCGGGGGGCUCCAAGGGGAGCCGUAUGGGUGGGAUCACUCAGUUCACAAGAGGAGAAGGCUUCCCCCAGUGAAAAGGUCUCUGGUGUACUACCUGAAAGGUAGAGAGGUCAGGAUGCAGAAUGAGUCCAGCUAUCACCGCUUGUUGCACGGAUAUGCAGCCCAGCAGCUUCCCAGCCUCCUGAAGGAGAGAGAAUUUCACCUCGGAACUCUUAACAAAGUGUUUGCCUCCCAGUGGCUGAACCAUCGACAAGUGGUGUGUGGGACAAAAUGCAACACAUUAUUUGUAGUAGAUGUCCAGACUGGUCAAAUUACCAAGAUUCCUAUUCUGAAAGAUCGUGAACCCGGCAUGGUGAGCCAACAGGGAUGUGGUAUUCAUGCCAUUGAGCUCAACCCCUCCAGGACCCUUUUGGCCACCGGUGGAGACAACCCCAACAGCCUUGCGGUUUAUCGUCUGCCUACACUCGAUCCUGUCUGUGUGGGAGAUGAUGGGCAUAAGGACUGGAUAUUUUCAAUUGCAUGGAUCAGUGAUACUAUGGCCGUUUCUGGUUCCCGUGAUGGUUCGAUGGGUCUUUGGGAAGUCACAGAGGAUGUGUUAUCCAAGAGUGAUGCCAGACAUCAUCUCUCACAAGUUCCUGUGUAUGCCCACAUAACACACAGGGCUCUGAAGGAUAUCCCAAAGGAGAACACCAAUCCAGACAACUGCAAAGUCCGAGCAUUGGCUUUCAACAGUAAGAACAAGGAGCUGGGAGCUGUGUCCCUGGAUGGGUAUUUUCAUCUUUGGAAAGCAGAGCACACAUUAUCAAAGUUACUUUCCACAAAGUUGCCAUACUGCAGGGAGAACGUAUGUUUGGCUUAUGGUCAGGAGUGGUCAGUGUAUGCAGUAGGAUCACAGGCACAUGUCUCAUUUCUGGAUCCCAGGCAGCCUUCUCACAAUGUUAAAUCCGUGUGUUCCAAAGAAGGCAAUGGUAUUCGAUCGGUGAGCUUCUACGAGCACAUCAUCACAGUGGGAACAGGGCAAGGUUCCCUGUUGUUCUAUGAUAUCAGAGCCCAGAGGUUCCUGGAUGAAAAGCCUGCACAUGGCUGCUAUGGGCAGAAGCAGAAAUUAGGAGGAGGUGAAAUUCUGAAGUUGACUACUGGGAAAGGCUGGCUGAAUCAUGAUGAAACCUGGAGGAAUUAUUUUUCUGGCAUAAAUUUCUUCCCAAAUGCUGUUUACACCCACUGCUACGACUCGUCUGGAACAAAACUCUUUGUGGCAGGAGGCCCCCUUCCAUCAGGACUUCAUGGGAAUUAUGCUGGUCUCUGGAGCUAAUGAUAACUCUUUAUAAAUGCUGAUCUUUACACAGA